AUGGCACCUUCCACCCCACCUCUCGGCCCGCACUUCCAAACCGCCGAACCUCACAACAGCUACCAGACAUCACGUCACACGAAGCCCACGUUGAGCACCACAAUGGCCUGUAUCUUCUGCAAGAUCAUCAAGGGAGACAUCCCGUCCCUGAAGCUCUUCGAGUCGGAGAAGACGCUCGCGUUCCUCGACAUCGGACCUCUCUCUAGAGGCCACUCUCUCAUUAUUCCCAAGCACCACGGUGCAAAGCUCCAUGACAUUCCCGACGACCAGCUUGCUGAAGUUCUCUCCGUAACGAAGAAGAUCGCCGUGGCGCAAGGCGUGGAGGACUACAAUAUCUUGCAGAACAACGGCAGGAUUGCGCACCAGGAGGUUGACCAUGUACAUUUCCAUCUGAUCCCGAAGCCGAACAAGGAGGAGGGGCUUGGAAUUGUGUGGCCGACGAAGCAGGCGGAUAAGGGAGAGUUGCAGAAGCUGUUGGAGGAGAUCAAGAGUAAGAUGUGA